CAAUGAAAAAAUGUUAUCAAGAAGGUGCUUUUUAUGAAAUAGAUAAACUAUAUUACAUAGAAAACUCAAAUUACACUAGAAGAAGAAAGAAUCAACAGCAACAUGAGGUAGCAAAGGGAACUCAAACAUUAUAUACCUUUUGGGAUAUCAAAAAACCUAUUAAAGAGAUUAAUAAGGAAUUGGCUGAUAAGACUAAUAUAGAAGAGUUAGAUGAUGAAAAUAAGACUAAUAUAGAAGAGUCAGAUGAUAAGAUUGAGAAUUACAAUUAG